UCGGUAGCAGUGGGGGCUGUGGGGGCGGGUGCGAUGCUGGCGGCGGGAGCAUGGCAGGGGGCGGGAAGCGGCGGCAGCGCGCGGCGGCGGGCCCGGCCGGAGAGAAGUGUGAAAAAAAUGGAGAUGUCAAGAAGAGAAGGUCAAACCAGUCAGAUAUCCCCGAUACUCUUCACCAAGAAGCAGAAACAUGCUAUCGGCUCAGACUGCCUGAAGACUUCUAUCAGUUUUGGAAGUUUUGUGAGGAACUAGAUCCUGAGAACCCAAGUGAUGCACUUUUGUCAAGUGUUGGACUUAGGCUGGUUGGACCAUAUGAUAUUCUUGCUGGAAAACACAAAAAAGCAAAAUCAACAGAUGUGGACUUCAAUCUUCAUUGGAGAUUCUUUUAUGAUCCCCCAGAAUUCCAGACUAUACUUGUUGGGGACAGCAAAACACAGUAUCAUAUGGGCUAUUUCAGGGAUGUGCCAGAUGAGCUUCCAGUGUGGGUUGGUGCAAAUGAAGCUAAGAAGGGCUGUAUGAUUUCACAAGUUGGUGAUAAUGUCUUUGCUGCAGUCAAAUUAUUUUUGUCAAAAAAACUUAAGGAAGUGACUGAUAAAAAGAAAAAUGCUAUUUUGAAAGACAUAGAUGAAAAACUAACAAGAACAGCAAAAGAACUGGGUUAUUCUCUGGAGCAAAAAACCAUGAAGAUGAAACAGAGAGAUAAGAAAGUGGUGACCAAAGCAUUUCAUGGAGCAGGCCUGGUGGUUCCUGUUGACAAAAAUCAUGUUGGAUACAGAGAACUUCCUGAAACAAAUGCUAAUCUUAAAAAAAUUUGCAAGGCCAUUGUAGAUGCUUGUACUGAUGAUGAGAGACUGAAGGCCUUUGCACCCAUUCAAGAAAUGCUCACCUUUGUGCAGUUUGCCAAUGAUGAAUGUGACUAUGGAAUGGGAUAUGAACUGGGUAUGGACCUGUUUUGCUAUGGAUCACAUUAUUUCCACAAGGCGGUGUCCCAGCUGUUGCCCCUGGCCUACACCCUGCUGAAGAGGGACCUCUUCGCAGAGAUCAUCGGGUCGCACCUCGCCAGCCGCCGGGAGGAGAAGGUGGAUCAGCUGGCGCCCUGAGCCACGCCCGAAGGGGCUGCAGCCGCGGGGCCUCGCUCCCGUUUCUUGUUGUUUCCCGGUGUUUGGCACCGCGGUGCUUUGGGCAAUAAAGCUUUUGUACCGACA